AACUCCCAGCAACCCUCGCGCCGCGCACGCGCUCCGGCCGUACCGGCGGCGGAACGAUGGCUGCUGUGGCUGCCGCCGAGCCCCCUGAGGAGGUCCUGCAGGAAUGCGGCUGCAAGGGCAUCCGGACCUGUCUCAUCUGCGAGGGGCCUCGCCACGGUGACCCGCCUUGGCAGCUCGCCCCGCAGAAAACCCAUCACUUCCUUUACUGCUUGGACACCGGCUGGGCCGUGGGGGCCAAGGACUCUGACUUUGAGGGUUGGGCCUUCCCCUUUCCAGGGGUGACUCUGAUAGAGGACUUUGUGACCCCAGAGGAAGAGGCCGAGAUGGUGUGUCUGAUGGACCGAGACCCUUGGAAGCUCUCUCAGUCUGGGCGGAGGAAGCAGGACUACGGCCCCAAAGUCAAUUUCCGGAAGCAGAAGCUGAGGAUGGCUGGCUUCCAGGGCCUACCCAGCUUCAGCCAGGAACUGGUACAGAGGAUGGGCCUCUACCCUGGGCUGGAGGACUUCCAGCCCGUAGAGCAGUGUAACCUGGACUACAAUCCUUCACGGGGCUCUGCCAUCGACCCCCACCUGGAUGACUCCUGGCUAUGGGGGGAGCGGCUGGUGAGCCUCAACCUCCUGUCCCCCACUGUGAUGUCCAUGGGCGGGGAGGCACCUGGCAGCCUUCUGCUCAGCCCAGCCUGUCCCGCCAUCCCCGGGGUCCCUGUGGACAGUGUGACCACCCCCAGCAGGUCUGUCCUGUGCCACGAGGUGGAGGUGGCCAUCCCGGUCCCCCGCCGUUCUCUGCUGGUGCUCGCCGGGGCCGCGCGGCACCAGUGGACCCACGCCAUCCACCGCAGGCACAUCAAGGCUCGCCGAGUGUGUGCCACGUUCCGCGAGCUGUCAGCUGAGUUCUGCCCUGGCGGGAAGCAGCAAGACAUAGGCCAAGAGCUCCUGCGCGUCGCGCUGACAUUCCAAGGAAGACCCGUCCUGUGAGGCCCCUUUCAGGGACAGGAGCUGCUCUUUGGAUUUUGUUCUUUUACGUGGAAUUGGGGCUAGAACUGGGACUGCCAUGCGGGCUGGGCUCUACUGAGAAGCCACUGCCCUGUGCCUGACUCCUGUAGACUGUUGUGGGCAGCAGGUAGCAGCCUGGAGCUGGCCCUGCUAUGUGUCACACUUUAGAGGGGUAGGAGUUGAACUUUAAAAGCACUAAGAUCAUGUGAUAGGGUUUUCCCUGUGUGGGGUCUGUGGCCCGCCUGCUGUGGCCCCUUUGUCCACUCUGCGGGCGGGCGCAGAGGACUAGAGCAGGGCCCAGCAGAUCUCAAGUUCUGAUUUGUGAGUCUAGCUUAGCCUGAGUCACCUUUGACCUCUUGGGCUGGGAUAGGCAGGGAAUCUGGGAGCCUCAUUACCUCCCCACAGUCCUGCUAAGAAGUAGGGAAGAGGGGCUAGGAAUAU